UUCUCUCUCUCUCUCUCUCAGUGUACCUCAAAGGACAAAAUCACCUCCGGUUUCAGAUUUUCACGGCGAGAAGCCGCCGAGCAUGUAUCUGAGUUCAACAGUGAUGGUGUAAGAGAAUGGCAGGAUCAAAUCAGACAGAUGGGGGGGAAAAAUCUGAGUUCCUGGAUGAUCUGAAAUAUGGUUUCCGUUCUUGAGGAAAAGAUUUGUCAAACAUGUGGAAGCAAUGACUGGAAGGAACUACUUGUGACCUGCACUAAAUGUUGUAUCGUUCGCGAGCAUAGUUAUUGCAUGCAAGAACAUGGAUUCGAGGCUCCAAGACAUUGGAUUUGUUCUGGUUGUUCGAUGAAACCUGUCCAGAAAAAUGCUGCUCCAGAUCCAAACACUGCAGGUCCCAGCAAUCAGAGGAAUAAUGAAAGACCCAUUAAAGCUCGCAAUGAAUCUUCCAAGCCAGUUCCCAAGUGGAAACCAAUUCCUGAAACAGCAAGAGUUAAGGUGAUUCCACCAGAAGAAGCCAUCCGUCUUUCUUCAGGAACCACUCGUCUCUCUUCAAGUAAUAUGGUACCAAGACCGAACCCUUCUGGUUCAGCAAUGAGAUUCAACAGGCAAAUUGUGUCUGGUCUUAGGUCUGAGGGGUUGAAAUCUGCAAUGGUGAGUCGAAAAACCAGUCCAAGUUUCCUUCAGUUUAAGACUUUCGACCCUCCUAGGAGAAGUGCUUCGCAGAUUGGUCCAAACAUUGAAAAACAAACCACUAAACCACCUGAAGUAUUAGAAGGUUUAGAGCCCAAUGUUGGUGCUGAAGCUAUUUCUCAUGACAUUGAAGAGAGAUGUUCAUGGAGUUUAUCAGACAAAUUGGUUCAGUUUCUUUCAUAUCUUCCGGCUCUACAUUCCACUUGGAAGGGAAACUUUCGGAAUUUUGCCACAGCGGAAGAAUUUUACGGCGAGUAUUCCUCUCAACCAGCUUCCAAGAUCCGUCAGAAGGCAUACAAUCUAUCGAAAGUGAUGCCUGUCUUACUCAAUGUUGAACUGCUCACUGUAGGCUCUUAUUUGAAUGAUCUGUUCAAGAACAAGAAACCGAAUCUCUGUGAUGUGGAGCUGUAUUUUUUCCCAGAUGAGAAGAAUACCGAUAGGAUUAAAGGGAAGCACACUCAUCUGUUGGAGAUAAUCUUGAAUGGUGAUGUCAUGAUCAGAAGUAACAUCAAGGGCACUGACUUGUUGAUAUUUUCCUCGAGGCUACUGGACGAGGCCUCCCAGAGCAUCAUAAACAAGCAGAAGAAAACCAGUGACUUCCUUUGGGGGGUUUUCCUAAGGGCUAAAAGCCCUCAGCCACCUCGGCUUCUUCUUCUUCGUCCUCUCAGAACAUCCUUCCACAACAAUCCCACAAAGUCACCGGACCAGAACCGAGAAUUCAGUAUUCCUCCGGGUUUUCAGACAAUACAGACAACACCCAAUUCAAAAGCUACAUCUCCCACAGCUGCUAAGUCAGGAAACAUUGCCGGAGAACCUCGUGGAACACCCGGCUUGAGCUGGAUGCCUCCUCCGAGCAAAUGGGUGAAGCUUAACGUACAAAGAACUUUGAAACCCGAAUCUGAUCUAACCGGAUCCGCCGGAAUAGCCCGUGACGAAUCUGGCAGAUGGGUCUGUGGCUACGUUGUGAACCUGAAGAACUUGUCGGAAUUGUCAGCAGAUCUCUGGGCUGUUUACCAAGGUCUGAAGCUUCUAUGGGAUCGAGGUUUCCGGAAAGUUAUAGUGGAGACGACCAGCCUCAACGCACUCGAAGCUCUAAACGCAAACUCUCUUCCGUUCCAGCAGAGCAACUCGAUUCUGCAACGGUGCAAAGACAUGCUCCUGAAGAACUGGGAGUGCAGAAUUUGCGCCAUAUCCGAGGAACAGAACUCGUGCGCUGUCUGGUUGGCGAACAAGGCGGAAGAACAACCUACGGGACUGGUCGUGUUCGAUUCUCCUCCUGGAAGGCUCAUCACUCUUCUGGGGAAAGACUGUACAGCUGCAGUUACGGAAUCCUAGCUGAUGUUAUAACUAUAUAAUACUCUGCAAUCUAAGUAUUGGUGUAUAAAUAACUUUAAAAGUAUGGAAUUUUGAUAUA